AAAAGUCAAAUGUGAAGUUUGAAUUAUUAGAAUUGUUUGUCUGUCAUGAAAAUAUUUUCUCCCCUUCCUUUUCUCAAUAUUAGAUUUGCAAAUUUGCAUUGAUAACCAUUUGAUAUUAGAGUUGAGAGUGGCAGAAUAAGCUAAGUUCUGAAGAAGGUCAAUAAGAGGAGAAGAAAACAAACAUUCCAUUUUGAUCCAAUCAAGCAUCAAUUUCUUUUUAAUAAUUUUUCCAAAAUGUCCACUGUUAAUUAUACAACUCGCACAGAAGGUCAAACAAAGAUAAAUACUUUGAUAUGGACUGUGCCCAAUUUCAUCAAUCUUCUGGAAAACAAAUCCACCCGUGAAUUCCGAACAGAAAAGUAUAAUGAUAAAAAUAAUGCAGUCUCUAUGGAUGGACGUUUCCAAUUGAAAAUGCAAUUUCUGGGUCGCAGCAAUGAGAUUAUUGAAAUUUAUUAUUUGGCUCCAAAUGCAGUUUUUCUAAAAUCUAUUCUGACUAUAUGUCUGAAACGUUUUGAAGAGCGUUCCAUCAUAAUAAAAGAGUAUCACACGGUCCAAGCUAAUAAAUGGCAGUACUUAGCCACACUCUACAAGCGGGAUAUAGCAAGUUUUGACGGUAGAGACAUAUUUUUGUUGAGCGAUGGAAGCUUACGUCUUAAAUUCCAGUUCAUGAUGACUAAUGAUAUAAAGAUUCAAAGAGCAAAUGUUCCAGAGACUCAAUUGAGUAGUGACUUUGAGAAUCUUUUGAAUAUCAGUCUAUUUUCUGAUGUUACAAUGAAAUCUGCUGAAGGAAUUGAGUUUAAAGUCCAUAAAGCUGUUUUAGCAAGCAGAAGUGCUGUGUUAAAGGCUCACUUUGAGCAUAACACUACAGAAUGUCAGACCAAUAUUGUUGAAUCUCCUUUGGAGUCUGAAGUAUUGCGUGAAGUGUUGAUGUUUAUUUAUAGUGACAAAGCACCAAGGGUUGACGAAAUUCCGGAGAGACUUUUAGCUGCUGCUGACUAUUAUCAGUUGAGUCGAUUGAAGGGCUUAUGCGAGGAAGCAUUACAUAAGAAACUUACUGUGGAGAAUGCUAUAGAGACUUUCCAGUUGGCAGAUUUGCAUUCGGCUAGAACUCUAAAGCAGUUAACCCUAGAAUUUAUUAAGGAUGGUCAAGCGGAACUUAUCACCAAAACUGAAGGGUGGGCAAAAGUGCAAUCAGUGGAUCUGAUCAAGAGAAUUUACGAGUACAUAAUGACUGAUGAGGUGGAGACAGAUUUGAAAUGACUUGUCGAGAUUGUCAUAUGAAAUUAAAGUACUUAUAACCUUU